AUGGAUCAAUGGUAUGUCGAGUAUUCCGACGAAGGUCCAUGGUAUGAACUGUUGGUCAUUCCACUUCGUUUUGAGCUACUUUGUUCAAACAUGAUCCCCAUAUCAAUUAAGGUGUCCCUUGACCUUGUGAAGAGCUUGUAUGCAAAGUUUAUUGAUUGGGAUGAUAAAAUUAUUGACCAUGAGACUAUUACUCCAGCCCAUGCAACAAAUACAGCAAUCAGCGAGGACUUGGGCCAGGUUGAGUACAUUUUGACUGACAAAACUGGUACUCUAACAGAAAAUAAGAUGAUCUUUAGAAGGUGCUGUAUCAGUGGCAUUUUCUAUGGAAAUGAGAUAGGAGAUGCCUUAAAAGAUGCAAGGUUGCUCAAUGUUGUUGCAAGCGGUUCUCCUUAUGUUAUACAAUUCCUUACAAUAAUGGCAAUAUGUAAUACAGUAAUACCAGUACAGAGCAAAAGUGGUGCUAUCAUGUACAAGGCGCAGUCCCAGGAUGAGGAUGCACUUGUCCAAGCUGCUGCUCAAUUCCAUAUGGUUUUCUUCAAUAAAAGUGGAAAUAUUCUUGAGAUCAAGUUCAAUGCUUCUACACUUCGAUAUGAGGUUUUGGAAACUCUGGAGUUUACUUCGGAUAGGAAAAGAAUGUCAUUUGUGGUUAAGGAUUGCCAAAAUGGGAAUAUUAUUCUUUUAUCAAAGGGUGCAGAUGAAGUAAUUCUUCCGUAUGCAAGUUCAGGGCAGCAGACAAGGACAUUUAUUGAAGCUGUGGAACAAUAUGCUCAAUUAGGUCUUCGUACACUUUGUCUUGCUUGGUGUAUUUUGGAGGAAGAUGAGUAUCAGGAAUGGUCUUCGAUGUUUAAAGAGGCCAGUAGUACAAUGGUUGAUAGAGAGUGGAGACUAGCUGAGGUCUGUCAAAGAUUAGAACAUGAUCUUGUGAUCCUUGGGGUUACCGCAAUAGAAGACCGUUUACAGGAUGGAGUACCAGAAACAAUAGAGGCAUUAAGAAAAGCAGGAAUCAAUUUUUGGAUGCUUACUGGUGACAAGCAGAAUACUGCAAUACAGAUUGCUCUUUCUUGCAAUUUUGUUUCACCCGAGCCAAAAGGACAGCUUCUAUUAAUUAAUGGCAAAACAGAAGAUGAAGUCAGCAGAAGUUUAGAGAGAGUUUUACUUACAAUGAGGAUUACAACUUCAGAACCUAAGGAACAUGACAUGAUUGAUAGGUUCAGGAAUAUGUUUUCAGCCGCUUCAUGA